AUGUUCCUCUCCCAUCACAGGCACGGUCUUCACUCUGUUAGCCAUUACUCAAAGCAUAUUUCUCCUUUUGUUACAGACACACCUUCCAGAGCCAAGCCAAGGGCACACCUGACAAUUCUUAAACAAACUCCAGGGCCACAUCUGCAAAAUCAGUACCCUGCUCUGCACUGGGAACAUGAACUUGGCUUGGCCUUCACCAAGAACCGGAUGAACUACACCAACAAAUUCCUGGUGAUCCCAGAGUCGGGAGACUAUUUCAUUUACUCCCAGAUCACAUUCCGAGGAAUCACAUCUAGGUGUGCUGACAUCAGCCAAGGGAAACAACCGAACAUGCCAGACUCCAUCGUCGUGGUUAUCACCAAGGUAACAGACAACUACCCCGAGCCUGCCCAUCUCCUCACAGGGACCAAGUCUGUGUGUGAAAUAAGCAGCAACUGGUUUCAGCCCCUCUAUCUUGGGGCUAUGUUUUCCUUGGAAGAAGGGGACAGGCUGAUGGUAAAUGUCAGCGACAUCUCCUUGGUGGAUUACACAAAAGAAGAUAAAACUUUCUUUGGAGCCUUCUUGCUAUAA